GGGCGCCGGAGUGUGCGCAGGGGCGUUGCGUGAAUACCGUCUCGCGCGUGCGCGGCGAGGAAAGUGACGGUGCUCUUUUGAGGAGGAAGAGCGCCGGGCGGAGAGUUUCGGCGGCCGUUUCUGUUUCUCUCAGGCAGCGGCGGCCAUGAGCUACGACCGGGCUAUCACCGUCUUCUCCCCUGACGGGCACCUCUUCCAAGUCGAGUACGCCCAGGAGGCCGUGAAAAAGGGCUCCACAGCGGUAAGGCGGAGGAGGCAGGGCCGAAAGAGAGGGGCCGGAAGGCCGCGAGGGGGAGCGGGAGCCUUGGGCGGAGGAGCCGGGCUCGCGUCCUUGUAAAACCCUGUGGUGGUUUCUGUUUUUAUUAAUGAUGCAGCUGUAUAUCUUUCUUAAAAUAAUAAUAAUAAUAAUUAUUAUUAUUUAUUGGGGGUACAGGUCUCUCCCCCCCUUCUCCUCAGGCUCUUUCCACCAUCAAAGGGAGCCGCGCCUCAGCUCGCUUAUUUAAUUCAUUUAUAAGUUCGUCUAUUUAUAAAACAUGUUUCAUAAACAUAAAUAAGCCCGGUGUUUUUUGUGUGAGAGGGUGAACACGCGGAACAGAGGUGCCAGCUCCCUUUGCUUCCCCACCCCCAACUUGAUGAUGGGGAGGUUAUUGGGUUGUUGUUUUUAUUUUGAUUACCGUAUAUACUUUUUGGUUUUAUAUUUUGAUUUUGUUCUGUGAGCCGCCAUGAAAUCUCCCGGUAUAGGGCAAUAUAUAAAUUCAAUAAAUAAUAAUAAUAAUAAUUACCAUUCAAAUGUUGUGUGUGCACACCACAUCAUGAGAAUAUUUUAUUCCAAGUUGGCACCCCUGACAAAGAGAUGCUGGAGUCCAGAUCUUUCGGAGCACAGCCCUCGAAAACCUUAAGAGCACAUUUAAACCUCCUCCACUGAAGCUUGUGGUGGGGCUGAGGCUGUUCAGGUGUGAAGGGGAUUUGGGAUUUCUAUCGUGUUCCUUCUUUAAAUUUAUCAGAUAUUCCAAGGAAGCAGAAAAUUCAGAUUAAGUAGGCAAACGAUGUGGGGCAGCGUUUUGACGAUGCAGGCCUGUGAUUGUAACAAAAAAUAAUAGCCUUCAGAAUGUGGCUACAGGCUUUUACAAUAUACAAAAUAAAAAUAAAUUUAAAUCAGAGGCAAUCAAUUCUGAUUUUGAAUCCCCUUCUCCUCUUCUGCAGUUCCUUGUUUAUAUUUUAAUUUACUGCAUAUCCAAAUUAUACUAAUUUGUUAUUCAGAAUGUGGCACACAUAGGAACUGUAAGGAAGUGCCAGUUCUAAUCAGUGCCUUUGUUGAACAAAGGCAAUCAGAAUUUUAUGCUUCAAUGCCUCCCCCACUAAACACAUAAUCCCACCACUCUGCAGGCAGAGAGCUAGCAGGAAUAUUCACCAAUUCUUUUACCCCAUCACACUUGUUGUCUAACUAGUACAUGCCAGGAAGUUUGUGUGCAAAUACAGACAUGUGCAAUUGCAUAUGGCUACACACAUGCAUAAUGGUGAAGAUUAGGGAAGCAGUAAAGUAGUGUAUUAGUUAAAACAACCUUCCUUAAUAUGGUGUCGUUCAGAUGUUCAGGCAUAGAACUCCAAAGGGUCUGGAGAGAUAGCAUGGUCAGAGUUGACUGAAAGGGCUGUGUAAACCAUGGGGAAGAAAUCUAGUAGCAACCAUGCAGUUAGAACACAGGAACAAGUUGUCAGACUAUAUCUGAUAAGUGGAGGUUGCAUGACUGAAUUCUGAAGGGUUAGGUGCAUAUAUAAUGAAUCGGGGGAGUGGGCUGGCAUGUGAAGAAUGAAAGUGCAACCAUGUCAAAGUCUACUAAGGGAGAUUAGAUCAUUGCAGAGUGUGGCUGAGGCCUCAUCACUACCUAAAUUGUGUGUUUUAUAUUUGAAAGAGGAGCUGCAUGGAAAGUAAGGUGAAAGGCUGAUAAGUGAAGUGGAAGGAAAGGAACAGUAGAUGACGCUUUGGGUUACUUCCAAUUCUACGAUUCUGUGAUGAGGUCAUUAAAGCAUUCAGAAGUUGCUCAAUUUUCAGAGAGAUGUGAGCAUGAAAGGCAGAGGUUGGAUACUGCUGAGAGAAAUGGAAUAGGUAUGACUAUGGCAGAAAUUGAACAUAAGAAAAUUAUAGAUUAUUUGGAACUUUGCUUAAAGUUUCUUCAUCUAUCUUAAAAUUAUUUAAAGCUGUAAAAUAUUUUCAGUUUUCUUCAGUUUAAUGGGUGAUAUCCAGUGUUAGCAGGUUCAUUGUUUUCAGUGGGUCUGCACUGGGUAUAAAUGAUGCAAUUGGAUAUCACCCAAUGAAAUAUGAUAUGCCAACUCAUUAUCACAAAAAUACUGUUUAUAGAGUCACAUGUAAACAAUUUCAUGCUUCGUAUGCAAGUCAGUGUUAAAGCACUGUUGUCUAGUCAAUGUGGGUUGCCUUCACCUAUUGUUUUUUGCUUCUGUUACACUUUAUUAUAGUUAAUAUUUGAGGGAGCUGUUUGAAAAUGUCAUCUCUAAUGCACUGUGUAAUAUUUAAGGUUGGAGUACGAGGAAAAGAUAUUGUUGUUCUUGGCGUGGAGAAGAAAUCUGUGGCAAAACUUCAGGAUGAAAGAACUGUCCGAAAGAUCUGUGCCCUUGAUGACAAUGUCUGCAUGGCUUUUGCAGGUACUGUUAUGAUGAAGUCCCCUAAAUACCAGGAAUGGGGCUUUGGAGUAAAAUUGAGUUGUUUAGUAGAACAUUCUUCAGUACAGCAAAAAUAAGCGGUGUCAUUUCAGCUUUCAGGUAGCUCUUCUAAAUAUCUUAAUUGCAAAGAAAAGCAAAAAAUUAAAUGCAGGUUAUGUUAUAGGUGAGGGAGAUGAUUUUAAGUGAACCACCUUGAGACCCCUGGGUAUAGGGCAGUACAGUCAUACCUCUGGUUGAAUGUGCUUCGGGAUGAGCGCGUUUGAGUUGCGCUCCGUGGCAACCCGGAAGUAACGGAGUGCAUUACUUCCGGGUUUCGCUGCAUGCACAGACGCUCAAAAUGACGUCACGCAUGUGCAGAAGCGCCGAAACGUGACCACUGUAUAUAAAGUCAAUAAAUAAUAAUAAUUAAGUGACUCCUCUGCUUUUUGUAUUCAGAGUGUUGUCUUGGACAGCUCUGUUAGGAACUGCUCUGCUUCAUUUUCUUGUACACUUGUGUUAUAAACUUCUCAUAAAACAAAUGUGAAGUAUUUGCAUAUGCUUAAAAGUACACCAUCUAAUUAUGAUUAGUUUCUAAAAUUUGAAUGCAGAUAGUGAAAGUAUCAACAAUUGCGAAAAAUGUAAAUGAUAAAAUAAAGGCCUAUUAAAACUUUCUUUAGCGGUUAAUCUAAUUAUUCUAGGUAUAAAAUUAAUAGCUUUCCUGAUUUGUAGCCCAGUACUUAAACUCUAGGUUGUCAAACCUUGCCAAUUUGUGUUUCAUAGCUCUAAAAAGAAUAUUUGGCAGCUGCCAUGUAAGAUAUUAACAAAAUAGGUUAACACAGAGUUUUCAAUCUGUUCAAAACUAAGGACUAAAUUUGAUGCAGAAUUCCUUCUCUUUUCUUUCCUUUUUAGCCAAAAGCAGCCCGAGUAGAAGAAGGCCAGUCAGGAAGAGUCUGCUUAAAUCUUUUCAGCUCAAAAACCUUUUGAGCUUGAUAACCAGUAUGACUCUUAAUACAUUGCAGGACAUACAUUGGAUGUUUCCUCUAGUUUUCUACCAACUUCUAAUGUACAGAGUUAGAUUUAGCCUUGCCCCUCUGAAUAGAAGGGUUCUUUCCACUUGCAAAGGAAAUUAACAUCCAUUGGAGAUUCCUUGCUGAAGGGGAGUGACUAUUCUUUUUUUUUUUGCCAGUUCCCUUUGUAAGUCCUCAGCAUCACCUUCAAUACUGUUCUGCAGAGUCCCUGAGCCCUCUGAAAUAGCAUUUCAGGAGGUUGCAGGGGAAAGGAAGAAUCUGCCCCCUACCUCCAACACAAAUUGGAACUCUGCUUAGAGUAAUGCUGGAUGCAACUCCCCUCAAAAUUACAAAGUUUUGAACAUACAUAUUUUAUUAACCAGCACGAUAAAUGUGGCCUGUCAUUAAUCCUCUUUUCUCACCCAUUUCUUUUGAUUAAUGUUUUCUAAAGCAGCAAUGUUUCUAUAUGUGUUGUAUGCUAAAUGGCACAUUUUGCCCAUUUGUAUUAUUCGUAGGGCUCACAGCAGAUGCCAGGAUAGUUAUAAAUAGAGCUCGGGUGGAAUGCCAAAGUCAUAGACUUACAGUGGAAGACCCUGUCACUGUGGAGUACAUUACACGGUAUAUUGCUAGCCUGAAGCAGGUAUGUACAAAGAAAAAGCAAUAUAGUGCUUGUUAAAAGGUGGUUAAUACCAGAGAAUUCCAGAGAAACAUAAUGUAAUGCAGCUGCUAUAUUUUAUUGAACUUGCUGAGUAACAAUGUAUAGAUGCCUCCCUAGUUUCUUCCACAGACAGUGAAAAGUAAUAUGAAUUAGUAUUUACCUGGUGUCAGUAUUUGAAAUUGUGGUUGUGGUUUCUGCCACUUUUUGCCUUUCAUUUCCCAACUUUAGUAAUUUUGUCUUAACUAAAUCAGACAAUAAUGUAGGUCCACCAGACGUAUGUAUAUUCAACAUUUACAAACAAUGCACCAACAAUGCAUUUCAAAAAUAACUAAAAUAUGAAGUCAUCUCUAAUCUCUUAUUCUCUGCUACUGCAACACCUGAUAGCUAUUAAGAAUCAGUGGACUGAUCAUUAACACAUUAAUUAGUGAAUGUAUAUUUUGACCAUAAGUGAGUCGGGUAUUCCUAGUAAAAUUGGAAAAGAGCUCUGGUUUACUACUGAAGAAGAAUCUCUCUGUACAAUCCAUUAGUAAAAAUUCCUAAUUUUGUCAGGAGUGGGAUGGAAAAACCAAAACCAGUUAAAUUGGCCUUUUCUGAUUCCAGCUUGUUCUUUUUUUUUCAUACGGUUUAAUAAUAAAGUAACUCCUCAGAACACUUGCAAUGGUUAUGUUUUCCUCAGUCAAUAAGUUAAGAAAAAUAUCCAGUGCUAUACAUGUAUUUCAUGAGAAAUCUGUACUUCUUUAGGCUUACAUUUAUGCUAAUCAACCUUUUUCUCUUCCUCCUCAGCGGUACACCCAGAGCAAUGGCCGCAGGCCUUUUGGUAUUUCUGCCCUGAUUGUAGGAUUUGACUUUGAUGGAACUCCAAGGCUUUAUCAGACUGAUCCUUCUGGCACAUACCAUGCUUGGAAAGUGAGUUGGGUUUAUCUUGCUAAGAUGGAAUGAACAGAAGCACUUCAUUCACAUAAGUAAAUCUAUCUACAGUUUAAGUUUCUGGCUCAUAGCAAGGGGGCAGGGGACACAGUAACGUAUGGUCAACCCUCUCUCUCCUUGCCAAAGGAUGUGUGGAUCUGUCUUUGGUGGGUUGGAGUACAAAAUUUUGGCUUUUGAGGGAAUCUGACGAUUAAAGGACUGAAGUAAAAGUAAUUUUUGUUUUUCUUAGUUUUAGAUGCAUCCAGAAAUUUGCAAGCUAGUUCCCAUUGUCCUUUUUGUUGUUGCUACUCUGGGUUUUAUCCAGCACUGCACGAGGAGAGUUCUGUUUGUUCUGGAGCAGAUUUUGAGGAGGCACAGGGGGCUGUAGGGGAAAGGAAAAUGAAGCCUUAUUGUUUAAAUGGAAGUUCUAUUCUGCUCAUGCAACAACUGCAUUGCAUAUAACCCAUAGAUUUUAAGUGUUAUCACACACUUCAAGGCAAUAUAGAUAGAAAAUUUAAGCAAGAGAGUACAUUUUUCAGUUAUGCAUCUAGAUUUCUGUUGGCUUGCAAACUCAUUUCUAAUGAACUUUUAAAAUUCCAGGCUAAUGCAAUUGGCAGAGGAGCGAAGUCAGUGCGUGAAUUUUUGGAAAAAAACUAUACUGAUGAAGCCAUUGAAACAGAUGAUCUGACCAUUAAGCUUGUGAUUAAGGCACUUCUUGAAGUGAGUUGGAACAACCAAGUCUUAAAUUUGAGUCUUCUUUAGUUAACAAGGCGGGUGGCUAUUGACAGGUUUACAUACAGUUUCCAUUUCUUUUAAAGUUAAAGCGCUGGCUGUUGAACAGGUUUGAGAAGCCAGGUCUCAUGCCCUAAUAGUUAUAUUUUAAUUUUCAUUUAGCAAAAACAAGAAUUAAAAUGCCAAUGGUUCUAAUAUUUCUGCAAAAAUACUUUUGUGUUGCAGGAAAGUCUUUUCCUAACACUUUUGCUUAACUUCUUGAAUUUAAGGUUGUACAGUCUGGUGGGAAAAAUAUUGAGCUGGCUGUUAUGAGAAGAAACCAGCCUCUUAAGGUAAGUUUCCAGUGGCUUCUGAAUUUCAAAAGCAGCGUCGAUUUCCGCUCAGUAGCAACAGUGCAGUUUUAAACUCGCCUCCAGUUAAGACUGACUUGCCCCCUUUAGUUUUAGCAUUCAAUAAAACCUUCUUGUGCCUGUUUGUAUCCAAGCAAUGCUUCACACUCAACUUUAGGGUCUGUUGUUUUUUAUUACUUGGUCCUGAAAAGUUGGACGUCAGUUGUUCAUUUGGGGAUUCCAGUGUGAUCGUGUUCCAUACUUAGGAGCACUUUGAGCCUUAAUUGUUCAUAGCUGUUGUUCCUCAUCUCGUGCUGCCUCUCAUUUGAGAGGUUGUCCAAAACCAAAUUGGCUUGAUAAUUCCUAAAUUAGCCUAAAUUCCCUAUGUGGGGGACAGCAUCCUAACAGUCCCAUGAAUGAGUGGAAAGCACGCCUGUGCAUACCAUUGGGAGGGGGUGACACAUUGAUUUCUUCAUGCUGCUCUGGAUGACCACAUGAUCCUUAGCAGUAGAGGAGGCAUAGAAAAGCCCUUGCAUGCACAUGGUACUCAGACCCACUACAAUCUUGUCACUGCUGUUACAGAUCUUGAGCCCUGAUGAAAUUGAAAAGUAUGUUGCUGAAAUUGAAAAGGAGAAGGAAGAAAACGAGAAGAAGAAACAGAAGAAAACAACAACAACAUGAUGUGUGAAACUCAACUGCCUAGCCAUUUUUGGUUUUUAAAUCAAUCAUGAGUUUCUGUAUAGACAUGUAGGCAUUCCAUUUUCCUAUUCACUGUCAAGUGGCCUAUAAUAAACCACCUGUGUUUUUUUAAACAUCUGUUAAUGCCAUGUACCUGAUUUUUCAGUGUAUACUUUAACUUGGUCAUGGUACUACAACUUCUCUCAUCAGUGAAAACCUUUUUUGUAAGUUGUGUAUAAACCCAAAGUUUGAGGGCAAACUUGAUUUUUAGUCACCCUUAUUUGCUAUCUCUUUAUUGUCCAUGACUACUGCUGCCUUCUCUUUCCUCCUGUUGCAAAUGAUGUUUUUGUUGCCGUUAUUAUCAAAACCCCUAAUUUUCCCGCAUCUUUUGCAGUAUAAACAAGUUGGUUCAAAACUUGAGUGCUGCAUUUGGGUGUAAAAGUCAGAAGUAAAACUUAAAACACAUCUUGCAGUACUUGGGACAGCAGAUAAAGGAAGGUAAUGGUUCUGAAGGCAUUCUUGUGGAAUACAAGAGGUUUUCCGUUGACUUCAGUGGCAUACUUCCAGAGUUCUUGCAAUUUCAAGUAUUCAAUUAAGUUUUAAAGCUGCUAGUAAAAUCUUGCAAUUGAAAGCUCACAGCCCCUCUAGGUUUUUUAAGGCAUGCUUCAUUUUUGAGGAUAGGAGUCUGCAUCUCCAGACUGCAUGAUUGAGAACCUGAACUGUCCUAGGCAGGUGGCCUUAUCCUUUCACUUAUAUACAGGUGGGUUUGGUAUGUAUGUCAUUAAUGGGCAACAUGUUUCUCCUGCUAUCAAAACAGUUCUAUGGUAUAGAUGCAUACCUCAAGUUCCACAAAUACCUUUCCUUUCCCUGCAAAAGCAACUUCUAGCCUUAAAGGUAAAGGGACCCCUGACCAUUAGGUCCAGUCGUGACCGACUCUGGGGUUGUGGCGCUCAUCUCGCUUUAUUGGCUUCCAGGUCAUGUGGCCAGCAUGACUAAGCCGCUUCUGGCGAGCCAGAGCAGCGCACGGAAACGCUGUUUACCUUCCCACCAGAGUGGUACCUAUUUAUCUACUUGCACUUUUACGUGCUUUCGAACUGCUAGGUUGGCAGGAGCAGGGACCGAGCAAUGGGAGCUCACCCCAUCGCGGGGAUUUGAACCACCGACCUUCUGAUCGGCAAGCCCUAGGCUCUGUGGUUUAACCCACAGCGCCACCUAUGUCCCAGCCUUAGGUGUCACAUAUUUCCAUGGCAAUAAACAGUCCUGUUGGUGCUGCUAAUAAUAAAAAUUCUAGAGCUUCUCUAUUAAGCUUGCAGGCUGUCCUCUAAUUCUGCCAUUUAUCGCAAUCAAGCAAUAGGGGUCCAUAGGACAAGUAAAGGUCAGUGGUGGUUUGUUAAUAAAGGCAGGUUGAAAGAACAGCCUAUUUUAGGGUUCAUACAAACUAGAUUAAAAUCAUGGACUUCCUCUGCAAUGUAGGAUAGUCUUGCUUCACAUAAUUAUUAGACUGUAAUGAAAUAUAAAGCACAAUCUCCCCUCCAUAGCAGUUGGAUUUGUGCUUCAGUAUCACCAGCAGGUAAAUGACACACAUCUACCUCUCUUCUGUGCAAGAAUUCCAGUGCUUUCCUGUCCACUUCCUUGACUCCGCUUGUGGCAUUCUCUUAUUUAAUAAAAUAUGUACACCACUUGAAAUGGGAAAAACAAAAACUUCACAACCCUCCUUUAAAGCAUACAAAAGUUUAAAAUUGCCUCAACUUUCUAAGCAUCUGGGUAGGCUUGACUAAGCAAGAAAGUUACUAGCAGGUGCCAAGGAGUAGUGACUGCACCUGCCUUAUCUCAAUAGGUAGAGCGAAAUGUAAGUGCUGCCACACCGAUCGAAUGACUCUUGGCUCUCAUGGUACCUUACCUGAUCAGUGGUAUACAGUCCAGCUGAACUUCUUGUUUUAAAAACUCUUAGUUCGUUCAAUGCCACUUGCAUGCUACUUAAUUUUAAGUCCAGGGUCAAUGUCCCUCUGGUUGGUUCCAUGGCAAACUGUUCUAGGACACAGUAAUGUAAGGUAUCUAGAAAUUUUACUCCUGUCAAAACACUUAUGUAGUCUGUGUAAGGGCUGCUGCAUUUCUUCAUUUGGAUGCUUGCUUGAUUUCAUUCUUCAUUUCAAGAUCUCUCUGAAUAUCUUGCUCGGGGGAAACACUAGCAAACCUCCAGAACUCAAUUACACUUGGGACCCAGUACCACCACCCACAAUGGUUCUGUGAAGAAGUCUUCCCUUUGUUAUUUACUUUGCUUCACUCAAUGCCCUCUUAUGCACUAGCACUGCCACCAUGUCCUUCCCAUAGAGUUUGAAUCCGGAGAUAACACUGUCCCACUGGCUUUUUCCAUUCUACCAAGUUUUCAUUAUGCCCACAGAAUCAAGCACUCCAGUUUGCCCGUCUUGGCGGCUUCUAGCGUUAGCAUUUUUUUUAUAUAGUGUUUCUCUUCAGGUUCUCUUGGCAGUUGUGUUUUGGCCUGCGGUGCUUUGGCCUCUGAAUUGCCAUUUGGCACUUUCAGUGCCUAGGUUUAUACCUUUACCCAGUUAAAUUACCAUUUAUUUUUUUCAUCUUCAACCCAGGCAGACAAUUUGGGCUCCUGUUAGCUUUCCUCUCCUCCCACCAGCAAUCGGUUCAAAAGCUGUUCUGCCACCAUUACUUCAAGCACCAACAGUUGGCUUCCAUCCAGGUUUAAGUGGAACCCACUCCUUUUGUACAGGCCCGGUUUGUCCCAAAAUGCUCUUCCAGUGCCUAAGAAGUCCAAACCCCUCCUCCCAAAAUCAGUCCCAUUCACACUUUUGAGACUAUAAAGCUCUGCCUAUCUGGUGCUGCAUGUGGGGGAAGCAGAAGCAUUUCAGACCGCUACCUUGGAUGUCCUGGUUUCAACAUCCUACCUGGCAACCUAACUUACUUCCAUGAUCUCAUGACCGAUUUUCCCAUAUCAUGCAUGCCAAUGUGCACCGUGACUAUCAGCUCCUUCCUAGCACUAGGCAGUGUGACAACCACAACCAUCGUGACAGGAAGGUAAUUCACCCUCCAGAAUUUCACACACCCAACUUUCUAUGUUUCCAGUGACUGAAUCAGACUACCAAGAUCUCUACUCCCUGAAGAAGAAUCAUUGGCACGGGAAGAUAGUGGGUCAUCAUCCAAGGAAUGCGUCCCUCCUAAGGCAUUAUUUCCCUCUUUCUCCGACAUUCUCCUUCCCCCAUGUCCCACAUUCUCUCACCAGGAGGGGAGCUAUCUUCCUAGAAAUGGGGUGUGCUGCAACGUCCCCAAUGGCCCACCCUACCAACUUCUCUAUUCCUCUCAGCUUCUCAAAUUCAACAGCUGCUUAAACCUGAACAUCUACUUUCGGUUGGUAUGAAGCCAGCUCUCAUCCAUGGUUAGCAAGCUUUGCUAGUACUGUCAAGACACGCUGAUGAUGUUUCCAUUAAAAGCAACAACCCUGCAGAAAACUGUUAGCCAACAAAACGAGGAUUAAACAUUUACAUGUUUAUUUGUAAUUACAAUUUACAUGACUCCAUAAAGCAGCCCAUGAUAAAGGCCUACAAAAUAAACCCAAGCUUUUAUAACAACAUAAGUGAAUGCAUGACCUAGGGAGGAACUGAAAAAGCUAGCCAUGAAACAGGGUGGGAGAGAAUAAAUGGCACCCAAAAGAGGCCUUUUAACAAAACAUUCCUAUAGCUAACAAAAAGGGACACAUGCCUAUUACUACAGGCUUAACCCACUUUCAUGCAAGAGUUUAUAAUCCCUCCUUACCCACCUUUCAACCCCCCC